UCUUCCGAUCUAUGGAAUUGUAGUAACACAUUUCGUGCAAGAUGUUUAUGCCCAAAGCCCAUCGCGUCGCCAUCUAUGAGUACCUCUUCAAGGAGGGAGUGCUCGUGGCACAAAAGGAUUUCUACGCCCCGAAGCACCCGGAGCUGGAGAACAUCCCCAACCUGCACGUCAUUAAGACGAUGCAGUCGCUGAAGUCGAAGAACUUCGUGAAGGAACAGUUCGCCUGGCGCCACUACUACUGGUAUCUGACGAACGAAGGUAUUGAGUAUCUGCGUUCGUACCUGCAUCUGCCCCCGGAGAUUGUGCCGUCGACGCUGAAGCGAGCGGCACGUUCGGAACCACAGCGGGCUCGUGCUGGACAGGCCGGUGGACCACAUUCCGGAGCAGGACCGAAGGGCGGUGAGGACCGACAGGGUUAUCGGCGCACACAGCAAGCCGGCGGUCCGGACAAGAAGAGCGACGUCGGUGCCGGAGCUGGAGAUUUCGAAUUCCGUGGAGGAUUCGGACGCGGAUCGAAGCCACAGUAAAAUAGCACGGAACGUUUCAAUCUGUGUAUAUUUAAUAAAAAGAACUAACUUGUAA